AUGUUCCUGAACUCAUAUGGCCUGAUGACCGCCAAGCUAAUAGUCCUAAUGCAAACCCCAGUGCUUGAAUGGUUAUCUCACAAUAAAGAAUUAUUUCUAGUCAAUAACACAGAGAUUGGGACCUCCCAUCACUUAGCUGAGGAACUGCAGACUGAGCACACACAAUUUGCCAUACAAUGCAUGAACACAUAUACCAAUAUCAAUCGUACAAUCUCAGUAGCGCAACGACUGAGUGAUGCUGGUCAUUACGCUGCACAUACUAUAAGACUAAAAGCUAACACCAUAGACAAGGAGUGGAAAAACCUAGCUGCUGCCCUAGAUGACAGAAAUACAAUCAUAGCUCUCUCUGUUGGCUUCCAUAAGAAAGCCGAGCAGUACACCUCAGAUGUCCCCUACUGGGAGGCUCAGUGUGGGGAACUUGAGGUACCAGAGGGAAUUUCUGAAUUGGAAGAAGUAAUACAGAAACACCAGAAUCUCAUGGAAACUAUAGGAUCACGUUACACAGAGGUGUGUGGAGAUGGAAAGAAGUUGCUUGAAACCUUACAGACUCCAGUAAAGACAGAUCCAUCUAAUACUUUAAUCACAAAUACAGACUACAGCCAGAGUGCAGCUAAUAUACUGGAUACUAUACAUGAGGUUCUAUCUGAGCAUAGGAAACUAGAGCAGACUCUUCACGCAAAGAAGGUCCAACUUCAUCAAAGGCUUGGCCUAAGAUUGUUCCAGCAGGAUGUAAAACAGGUUAUCUAUUGGCUGGACAAUCACGGGGAUAUAUUUGUGGAGAAAAACACACAGAUUGGGCGGUCAUUACAACGUGCAAUAGCAUUAAAGAAAAGUCAUGAACACUUCGAGUCAGUAGCACAGAACACUGUGACAAAUGCUGAGAAGUUGCUGAGCGCUGCAGAAGAGCUAUCAACAACUGGAGAGUGCGACCCUGAAGAGAUACAGAAAGAGUCGCAACAAAUAGAGAGUAGGAUGCAGCAGUUCCUAACCCGCAUAGAACACAGGAGGAACACAUUGGAUAUGGCUGUAGCAUUCUAUACACAUACCAGAGAGUUAUUUGAGUGGUAUGCAGAGUUGAAGCGUGAACUUCGUAGCAUUGAAAUGGCUGAAACAGUGGAAGGUGCAGAGGAGUUGAUUGAUCAGUUCAACCAACAGAAAGAAGCCACUAUUGAAGCUGCAGUGAAUACAGAAAAUGAGGGGAAUGCCUGUCUUGAACACAUUGCUUUGCAAGCCUCCCAUGACGAUGGAGACUACUCACAUAUUAAAGGUGUCAUUGAGAAGUUGAGGUUGGGUCGAGCCAACCUCGAUGAGCUUUGGGCCUCUCGGAAAUUCAGCCUUGAUCUUUGCCUGCAUCUACGACUCUUUGAGAAAGAUGCUCUUGAUAUCUCUGCCCAGUUGGAGGUAUGGGCAGAGGAAGUUGGUAGUGUUGAGCUGACCACCAAUGAAUCCAAUGCUGAACAGAUCCUCCAAGUCCACAAUGAGAGUUUCCAUCACAUGCAGAAUUCAACAUUUGAGGUUCUACAUAGAGGUCAUGAACUCAUUGAGGAGUUUGAGAGGUCUGGAAUUGAGAUGAUGGCUGACAGUCAGUAUACAGCCCAAGCUAAAAUACAGAUGCUCGUGGACUACUUACAUGACAGGGAAUCUGAGAUAGAGGAGUCAGCAGAACAUAAAAGAACUAAACUUGAACAAUGUCUAAAACUGUGCCAAUUAAAACAAGAUGCCAAUCAGGUAUUGCAGUGGAUCCAGAACAGUGAGCAAUUAUUACACGCCAGCUUCUUCUGUCCUGCAUCCCUACAUGAAGCUAGUCGACUUAAAACUGAUCACGAACAAUUCCAAGCUGCCAUUGAGAAAUCACAUGCCAGUGCUGUACAGGUGACGCAAAAAGCUGAGAAGUUGGUAAAAGGUAAACAUUACAAUUGUGAGCUGGUGCGUACAAUAGCGGAGAAUGUCAGUAAUAAAUGGCAAAUUCUGAUGUAUCACGCCGAGGAGAGGCACAAACUUGCCAUGGCAUCAAUGAACUGGUUCAAGACUGCAGAACAGGUGCGUUCAGUGCUAGAGUGCCUAGAGAAGGAGUACCAAAGGGAUGAGGAUUGGUGUGGCACUUACAGAGCUCAAUCUGGUGACAAGGCACAGUUCCUAACCAGUUUGUUACAGAAACACCAAGAGCAGAAAGAGCAAUUCUUAAAGGCAUGUACCUUAGCAAGGAGAACUGCUGAGAUGUUCAUCAAGUAUGUCCAUAGGAAUGUACACACUCUUGGCAUGACACUGCGCUCAUGUAACCCAGAUCAGAGAGUCAAAGACUUCUCACCUGUGUCCACAUUAGAUCGUCUUCUACAGCAUGAAAAUGUUGUACUGGACCAUUGGACAAAGCGCAAGCGAAGACUGGACCACUGCUACCAGUUCAUGCUCUUUGAGAACAGUGCACAGCAGGCGUUGUCAUGGUUACACAAUACAGGUGAGCGUUACCUGUCUUCACAUACAGACAUUGGUGAGAGUAAGGAGGAAGCAGAAUCUCUACUUGCAGAACAUAAUGAAUUCAAGGGCAAAGCAAAGGACACUCGGGAUAAAGUGAAGUUACUCCUAGAAGUUGCGGACAACAUAGUUGACAAUGGAAAUGCGCAUGCCAAACAAAUCAAACAGCUUAUUGACCUCGUGGACAAGCAUUAUAAAGAGUUUUCUUGCAAUAUGGAAAAAUAUCGAGUCAAGCUAGAGGAGAUCCUUGGUGUGAAACAAGAGACUGAGGGCAACAACAGAGAAAGUGACUCAAGCUUAGAAGAGAAACUUCAACUCCAGCGAGAACUCAGCACUGAGAGGAGGAAGUCAACACGCAGGAAAGAGUUUAUAAUGGAUGAACUUCUACAGACUGAGAGGGCUUAUGUAGCAGACUUGGAGACAUGUUUACGGUGCUAUCUGAAAGAUAUGCGUGACCCAAAUGUAGUUCCUAAUGAGCUGGUAGGAAAAGAUCAGACAUUGUUUGGAAAUAUGGAAGCUAUUUACAACUUCCAUAAUCAAACAUUCUUGAAAGAGCUUGAAAAGUACCAGUCCAUGCCAGAAGAUGUUGGCCAUUGCUUUGUCACAUGGGUUGAACAGUUCAAUGUCUAUGUGACCUACUGCAAGAACAAGCCAGAUUCUAACCAAGUAUUAGUGCAAUAUAGUGGAACAUUCUUUGAUGACACUCAAAAGAAGUAUGAUCUUAACAACCCUGUAGCGUCAUACCUCAUCAAGCCAGUGCAAAGGAUCACAAAGUACCAGCUACUUCUAAAAGAUAUGCUGCAAUGCUGUGAUGCAGACAAGGGAGAAAUAAAAGAUGGUUUAGAUGUUAUGUUGGAUGUUCCAAAGAAAGCCAACGAUGCAUUACAUCUCAGCAUGCUCGACAAUAUUGAGGAUGAUCUUGAAGUGUUGGGGGAUGUCCUGCUGCAGGAUAAAUUCACAUCCUGGGACCCUAAACAUAUCAUCAAGAAGGGACGCGAUCGCCAUCUAUUCAUGUUUGAGAUGUGCUUACUCUUCUGUAAGGAAAUAAAGGAUAGUAACGGCAAAACCAGAUAUCAACACAAAUUCAAAUUACAUUUGUCUGAGAUAGGUGUGACAGAACACAUAGAAGGAGAUGAGUGCAAGUUUGCAUUGUGGACUGGCAGGGCUCCAUUCUAUGACUAUAAGAUAAUCCUUAAGGCAUCGUCAUUGGAGACAAAGCAGAAUUGGGUUCGCAAAUUACGUGAACUUAUUCAGCAGAGAAUGAUGUUCUUUGAGCCUCUUAUUAAACCUGAGAGUUACAAACUAAACAAGCACAGCAGAUAUAGCAGGGAGCUGGAUGACAGUGUCUCAACAGAGGAGCUCAACUAUGAUGGGAUGACAAAACUCAGCGGCUCCAAUCUAUCAGUAACCACAACAACAUCGACUGCUUCUGAUAGCAGUACUGGCAGCGCCUCAUCCAAGCAAAUGACAACUGAAAUUCUCCUAGUACUGGAGGACUUCAAAGCGACAAAUGAUCAGGAGAUGAGUGUCUAUGCUGGCCAAAAGGUGGAACUAGUGGACACAAGUCCCGGGGCAAAUAUGGACUGGUGUUUGGUUCGCUCUAUGGGAACGUUACCAUUAAUGGAAGGUCUUGUGCCAAUGGCGAAUCUGCAACCUGAAUCUGUCAUCCAGCACACUACAGAAAUCAGCGGAGAUCAAAGUGCUGCAGCAUCCCCGCUCACAGACAACAUCAGUCAUAAACACAGGAGUAGUAGCUUUAGGAAAUGGCUCACGAAUCCUGUGCGUAAGUUUGGUCGAGACAAAGGUCAAAUAGAGAAGCAGAGUGUAGCUCCAACGCUAUCCAGCAAACCUCCAGACAAAGUUGCCAUCUUCCCAACAUUACAGGAACAGAGAGAGCGGCCUCAGGGGGCAGUUGAAGUUGAGGAGGUGGACAUUGGUGAGGUUUUUGAGCCUGAGGAGGAAGAGGGGGCCAGUGAGAUAGAGAUCCCACCCCCUAUGCAGAUACAAGGUCAUUCCUUCUCUAGACCUACAUCUCAGGAAGAUAUAGUUACAGGGGAAACUGGGGGAGAUAGUCAUAACGGACCCUCAAGCGUUGACCUUGCCACUGAGAUAGAAAAUAUUGUCAAACACAGACUUGAGUCUGGUGGAGUCGAAGAGGAAGAGGAGGCGGGGGACGAGGAAGAGGAAGUUGAAGGAGAUAUGGCUGCUAUAGAAGAACAACCAGUCUCCGGGGAUGAGAGACGUGACAAUGAGGAGGCACCACCUACAGAAGAAGACCUUGAGGCUAAAGAAAAAAGAGUUAAAGAACGUCUAGAGAAAAGAAAGUAUGUAAUAGCUGAACUAAUAGAGACGGAGAAAGAUUAUGUGGCAGACCUGGGUAAAGUGGUGGAGGGCUAUAUGUGGGGCAUGAAAGAGAUGGAGCUACCUGAAGAUAUGGAAGGCAAAGACAAGAUAGUGUUUGGAAACAUUCACCAGAUCUAUGACUGGCACAAGGAGACAUUUCAAAAUGAAAUUGAGAAGUGCCUUGAGGAACCAGACAGAAUAGGAGGGCUUUUUGUUAGAUAUGAAAGGAGGCUGUAUAUGUAUGUGAAAUAUUGUGAAAACAAACCAAAGUCUGACUAUAUUGUAUCUGAAUACAUUGAGACAUUCUUUGAGGAGAUGCGUCAAAAGCUUGGGCACCGACUCCUCCUGCAGGACUUGUUAAUCAAACCUGUCCAGAGGAUCAUGAAAUACCAGCUGCUCCUGAAGGACAUUAUGAAGCAUACUGAGAAGGCUGGACUCGAUACAACUGAUCUGAAGAAAGCACUGGAAGUGAUGCACGUCGUACCUAAGGCAGCUAAUGACAUGAUGCAAGUGGGACGGUUGCAGGGCUUUGAUGGUAAGAUAACAGCACAAGGGAAGCUGCUGCACCAAGACACCGUACAAGUGGCUGAGGUGGUGGCUGGUCAACAUCUCCGCUUCAAGGAGCGACGUGUUUUCCUCUUUGAGCAGAUCAUCAUCAUCAGUGAAGUGAUUGAGAGGAAGAAGGGAGCUAUGACUAACUCUACUUAUAUCUUCAAGAAUAGCAUAAAGAUCAACAAGAUGUCCUUGGAGGAUAAUGUAGAAGAUGAACCACUAGGAUUCCUUUUAACUGAUCGCACACCAGGCUCUGAGCAGACAUUUGUUGUGCAAGCCUCAACAGAUGAGAAUAAACAAAUCUGGAUGUUUAAGAUACGUAACCUACUUGACCUCCAGGGUGAUUUUUUAAGAGCAAUCCAAUCUCCCAUUGAAUACCAAGCAAGGCAGAAUGCUUUAACUAAAGAGUUUAUUGGAGUCGGUGAGGCUGGCAAAGAAAAGAACUCAUUACUCAGGAAGACCCAAUCCAAUCCUUCCUCAAGCACUACAAAGAAGGAACAGAAAAAGGCAGAAAAGGAAGCGAAAAAGCUGGCCCAGCAACAAGAGAAAGAGCUCAAGAAAGCUCAAAAAGAGCAAAACAAAGCUGCCAAGCACUCACGUACAAAAUCAGUGCCAAGUCCACUUACAUCAACUAUUGACACAAAACACAAUGAUAUAGACAUGAAGCACUCAUGCCCUAAUUCCCCUGUUGGGAAACCAUUGGACAACAAUACAGCAAAGUCAAAAACGGAUAUUACACAAGUUGCCCCAAAUUCACCGAAAUUAGCCAAAAAGAGUAUCUUUGAUGGAUUUAGGAUACGAUCUAAGGCAAAAACAGACUCUGGGUUAGGAGGAAAAGCUAAGUAUGCAAAUAAUUCUGGUGAACCGGAGGGUAAUGGUGUAAGGGACCUGAAAGAAAGUACAAGUAAACAGAACAGUACAGAGAGCGAUCAGGAUCUUUCUCCAGGUGAGGUGCCAUCUAGUGGGAAAGUAUUAAUGGACUAUACUGCUGUGAGAGAAGAUGAAAUCACACUUAAAAAGGGUGACACUGUUCAAAUAAUAGCUACAAACCAACAGAACAUGUAUCUGGUUCACCGACUAGGGGGUGAAGAUCAGCCAGCCGCAGAAGGCUGGCUUCCUGGCCAUGUGAUUGGUCAAAAGGACAAUGACUCUGCCUUAAGAAAAUCUUGGCACUCUGCUUUGAAAAUCAGAAAGCCUAGCUUUGGCAGGUCAGAUAAGAAGGACCCAGGGAAAAAUACCCUAGAGCGUGAUAAAAAUAAAUCAAAGGAUAAAGUAGGGGCUAAGUUAUUGAAUCCUGACUUUGUGUAUGAAAUAUCGCCUGAGAUUGUUGAACCCCUGUGUGAUGUCAUGGUUGCUGCUGGUGAAACAGCAACUAUGACAUGUAAAGUUUGCGGAAAACCCCGACCAAACAUCACUUGGCGAGGGCCAGAUAAAACUAUUCUGAAGUCAGGAGAUCGUAUUCAAAUAACAGAUGAUGAUGACGGGAUGUCAUCUUUAAAAAUAUUACGUGUUGAACAACAGCACAGUGGAGAAUACUCAUGUAUAGUCAGUGGGGAGGUUGGUUCUCUCACCACCACAGCUAAACUCACAGUUCUAGGUAAACCUGGGCCCCCAAGUCAGCCAGUGGUUGUGGACCAUAAUGGCCCUAGGGUGGUCCUACAGUGGACUCCACCCCCUUCCUCUACCCCCACCGCAGUUGAUGCUUACACUGUAGAAUUUGCAGAAGCAGAUAUUCACAUCUGGCAGGCAGUUGUGCCGUAUAUCCCAACCACGUCAACUGUCAUAGAAAAACUACAGCCUGGUAAGACAUACGUCUUCAGGAUUAGUUGCCACAACGAGGCAGGCAUCAGUGACCCUGGUCUCCCCUCACUUCCAGUAACAGUUACAACCCUAUCUAAACCUCGCCCACAGCUGAAUCCAUUAGAAUGGAAGUCCUCCUUUGCCAGGGAUUACACGAGUCUGGAUGAAAUCGCCAGGGGCAGAUUUUCAGUUGUAAAGCGCACAGUGGAAGCCAGCACAGGUGAAACAGUGGCAACUAAAUAUAUUGAGAAAAAAUCUAGCACUGAGGCUGAUGCCCAUUUGGAGCACCACAUCCUGAGUACAUUACGGCACGACAAUAUUGUCACAAUUCUUGAUGCAUAUGACACACCACAUGCCUAUGUUCUCAUAUUGGAGCUGUUACCACGAGGACGACUUUUUGACUAUAUCUGUAAAAAGAGUCAGUUUGAAGAGCACCAGGCAGCAAUGUAUACGCACCAACUCCUGGAUGUAGUUCAGUUCUUACAUAACUGUUCAGUUGUACACCUGGAUAUCAAACCUGAGAAUAUAUUAUUAGAAGUCCAUAGUGUUUGCCCGAGGUUGAAGUUAACUGACUUUGGUGACGCCCGUUACCUCAGUAGUGACCCCUAUGUACAUAAACUCUUGGGAAAUGCGGAAUUUGCAGCACCUGAAGUAGUAUCCGGACAGCCAGUUUCAUUUUUUACUGAUAUGUGGAGUAUAGGAGUGUUUGUGUAUGUAUUACUGAGUGGUACAUCCCCAUAUGGUGGGGCUACCUCUAUAGAGACACAGGGGAACAUAACACGCAAUCAACUCAGCUUCCCUUCAGCAAUCUUUGAUACCUUACCAGUAGAUGCGGUAACACUUAUAAAAUCUCUUCUAAAACAGGAGCCCAGUUCAAGGGCAGAUGGCCAGGCGUGUCUGGAGAACAAGUGGAUCAAAAGUGCUCUGAGGAUGGCGCCAUUAAAACGUAACUUAAUUUCAACUAGUCGACUCUCUGACUUUGUGUCUCGGAGGAGGCAUCAGAUAGAUGAAGUGACUUCUUAAUACUAAGUAAAAAUGAGGGUAUUCAGUGAGACAUUGUUCAUUGUUUAUGCUGCAUAGUUGACCAUGUUCAGAAAGACAUUGUUCAUUGGAUAUAUUCUGCAUAGUUGACUUUGUUUUGAGAAUUCAUUGGAUAUGC